AUGAAUUCCGUCGAGUUGUACGUCGUCCUGUCAAAUAAAAAUGGGCGCCAAAAUCUUGGUACAUAUCUGCGUACCGCAUCUGCGUUUGGAGCGACACAAGUUUUGGUCGUGGGUUCGGAACGCUACAGCACUCAUGGAGCACAUCGAGCGCAAAAGUAUGUGUCUGUGGUACAUUUCUAUUCCUAUGUCGAAGCUCGUGAAUACUUGAAAACGAAAGGCUGUACCAUCUUUGGAUUGAGCAAGGAACUAACCAAUUCCUAUGUAACCCACGCUACGCCAUAUCAUGGUACCAGCGCCUUUGUCAUUGACAACGAGUUUCCUGGACUAUCGGAUGAACAACGUGCAAGUUGUGAUCAUUUUGUUUACGUUCCUUUUCACGGCGAACAGACAAAAGAUUCCAAUCAACUUGUACUGGAUACGACGGUGGUUACAGCCAUUACGCUGCAUCACUUUACAACAUUCGCCCAAUUUUCUGUUCGAUCUUUUGAAACCACCGGUACACAAGGGAAAUUUAUCUUGGAUGCGUACCCAAGUUAUGGUUCAAUCCAGGUAAAAUAUGGUGAAGAAAAAGCAAUGAAGCGUAAAAUACAACGAGCAAAUUUAAAUGACGGACUAGAUGAUAAUACGUUAAAUGAUAUAUUUCAAUAA